AGAAAAAAUUAUUUAAUAUUAUUGUGAAUUUUUUAUUUUUUUAAUAUUAAAAAAUAAUAUAAAAAAAAUAAAUAAAUAAAAAAAGCCUAGCGGAAUCUCGAGCGGUGGCUCUAGCAGUCUCCAUCUAUAUAACUUUCGACCCAGAAUGUGCAGUACGUACGUACGUGUAACUAGAUGUGCGUGACAAGUUUGGUUUUCCAGAUUAGAAUUGCAGUACGUACGAGUAACCCACGGCCUACCCUGUAAACCAUCGCCGGAGGGGAGGGAGGAGCCCCUCUCCUCCACCUCAGCCGCUACAUUGUAACUUUUCCUUAGUUCUCUAGAUCUGAAAUGUCCGAUCUUUCGCGUUCCAAUCUUCUUGCUGCACCACUGUGCAAUUUUUUACGCGCCGGUGCAUUUUUCGGCAUGACAACACCACAUGCACAUACGGUACAGCUGCAUUUCCCACCUCUGAAUUCUUCGGAUCUCGGUUUCUUUGCCUUGUCCCAACCUAUCGACCCAUGUAGGUAAGCCGUCAGCUUUACCUUGCGUUCAUCAAAAAAUGCCGCUAGCGAUCCGGACCAUCUGAUUGUAGCUAUCCAACUAUGUUUAACAUUCAUCUAACUGAGAAUGAUCAAGGGGAAAGGAAUGUGAAGACCUUCGUCAACAACUCUAUAACAGAUGGCUGAAAAAAAAAAAAAAAAAAAAAAAAAAAAAAAAUAGCAGAUGGCUGCAGACUGCGGUGCCUUUUUCCCGUAUACGAAUCACCGCUGCAUUUGAUAAAUCCACAAGUUGGAUUUUAUAACCGCUAUGGUAGCGAUCCCCUAUUUGGCUUGACCUAGAAACAGGGGCCUGCGUUCAAUUGUCCGUUUUGUUUUAUUUUUUGUUGUAUGCACCGCAAUUUGAUCUGUAAGUAUUUGUUAGGUCUAAGGCCCUCAACACUUGUAUUCUCCCUUUUAAUUUACUUAAUUUCGAUGCAAGUUUGUUGAAAAGAAAGAAUUAUAAGAUUCAGAAAAUACAAAGAAUUAUAAGACUCGGAAAAUACAUGGUAGCAUCACGAUAAAAACCCCGGUCUCCCUUCAUGUAUUAUAAGUAAAUUAACCAUAGUACUAUAUAUAAGUUAUUCAGUUUGACUUCUAAGUUUUCCCUUUUUCUUAUUUAAUAAUAGACUAAUUUGCUAGUUGUCUCUCAAAAAGAAAACCCCUUGCCUUCUUGCAUAGGUUUUACAACACACAAAUUUAUAUAUGGAAAAGCUAAUUUUAUGUGUAUGUACAUGAUAGUCAAUCGAGGGGCAAAUUUACAUGUCCGUCUCCUUCUAGCAUUGUGCAAGCUGUGACAUUUGUUAAUUUUAAUGCACGUGACACUUGUUUUUGUGAUUACGAAUUUUAAGUAAACUUGAGAGAUGGGAGAACCAGCGAGUGGGACAUUAAUUCAACAAAAUGCAAGUGCUUCCACAGAAAUUGAUCGUGUACAGGUAACUAUAGAUCAAGGGGAACCAAGGCCUCAUCAGGACUCUUCACGUAGACAUUAUAUCUACAAGGUUCCAGAUCACUUCCAUAAAUCGAGCGAACAAUCUUACACUCCUCAAGUCAUUUCCAUAGGGCCUUUGCAUCACGGCAAUAAAAAAUUGCAAAAAAUGGAAAACUACAAAGCGACAUAUUGGAAGGAUUUCCAGCAGCGAGCCAGAUUAACAGACGGGAUGAUUUUAGAAAGAAUCGUAAAGGAAAUAGAAGAAAAGGUACCUGCAUGUUACGAAGAAAACAGGCCUAACAGCGAUAAGCCUUUUGCGCAAAUAAUCCUGCAUGAUGCGACCUUCAUUAUUGAGUAUUUCUUGAGAUGCAGGUUCCCAGAACUACAGACAGAUAAGGAUAGAGCAGCAAUAACACCAUGGCGAGCUGCUAGGAUGCGGUUGGACUUCCUGUUACUUGAAAAUCAACUUCCUUUCUUUAUUAUUGAGGAAUUAUACAAACUUCUUUUGGGUGUCGAUGAAGCUGAUCGAUCACGCCUUCCCAGCUUCAUCGACCUCAUCUUUGACUACUUUCAGGGUUUCAACACUCAAAAUCAUGAGAAGCCAGGUCCCAAUUCGGAUUUCCGAAUAAAUCAUUUCGUUGAUUUGCUUAGGAGAUUUUAUCUACCUCCACCAAAUAGUCCAUUUUCAAAAAAGUUAAAACGUCCUGACAAUCAUGAUCCUGUUGAGGGAAACUGUAUAUCUCAGCUGGCGAGGAGUAAAAGUGGUAAUCAUGAUCCUGUUGAGGGAAACUGUAUAUCUCAGCUGGCGAGGAGUAAAAGUGGGAAUAAUGAUCCUGUUGAGGAAAUGUACUGUACAUCUCAGCUGGCCGAGGCGGGAAUGACGUUUAAGAAGAGUGAAAGUGGCCGGUGCCUGCUUGAACUAAACUUUGAAAACGGAAUACUGGAAAUCCCAGGCUUUAUCUUAAACAAAGACACGGAGCUUUGUGCUCGAAACCUCAUGGCCUGGGAGCAAUUGCACUAUCCAACAAAUGAAGAAUAUAUUACUGAUUAUUUUCGCCUCUUGGAUUUCCUUAUUGAUACAGACAAAGAUGUGGGUUUGCUUCGUCGAAAGAAGAUCCUCGUCAAUAGGCUGGGUGACAAGUGUGCAACUAUUGUCAACAAUCUGUGCUCAAAUAACGUCGCAGAUACACCCAGUACGCUCUAUUACAGGAAGCUCUGUCAGGACUUAGGUCAUUUCUAUAAUAACCCUUGGAAUUCUUGGAAGAUUAAAUUAAGACGUGAUUUAAGCACUCCUUGGGUAAUAGUUACUACCGUUAGUGCUAUUUUCUUGUUGGUGCUCACAUUAGUGCAAACUGUAUGUUCCGUCAUCUCAACGGUAAAGUAGAGCAUCUGAAGCUGCGUGCCUUAUUGCAAUAGAUGUUAAAAAGUGAUCUAUCCCGUACUGGAUUAUCCAACCACCACACCUUCAAGGAGGCCAACUUAAUUAAUUACAUCCAGACCAAUUAUUUGGUAUUUAUUGCGUUGUAUGAUUACUGCUCUUAGCUGGAUGCUUAUUGUGGCAACUUACUCUCUCCUUGUGUAUUUUUCCUUUGGAAGACUAUCAAUAUGAAUCUACGUACGUGAAAUUCUUCUAA